AUGUGCGCUGGUACAUUGAUGAAGAAUGGAGUACCUAAGUCCGCAAGAUUUAUACUCAAAGAGGACAAAGACUUAAAGAAAGCAGGGAGAGGGAGUUGUCAGGUAUUGGUCAACGAUGAGAAGAAUAUAGCUAUAACUAAAUGGUUUGAUAACAAACCUGUCACUUUCCUGUCUACUGUGCAUGCUGCCCAAACUUCCGACACCUGCCAAAGAUGGUGUAAACAGAAUAAAGUGUAUAUUACUGUACCAAGACCGGAAGUAGUAAAACAAUAUAAUUCUAAUAUGGGAGGAAUCGAUCUUGCUGAUCAUCUCUUAGCUGUGGCGCCGUCGAGAUAUCGAACAAGAAAAUGGACAACGCGAUUUAUCGCACACAUAUUUGAUUUGGCUACAACUAAUUCAUGGUUAAAUUAUAAAUCAAAAGAGUUACGCAAAAAUGUCCCGGUGAAAAAAAUUCAGCAACUGAGGAGUUUUAAAAUGGAAAUAGCCGAAAUUUUAGUAACUGCUAAUUUCACUACUAGUUCCGAAACAGAAGACGAAGAACAGUCUCGACCUAAACGCUCUAGACCAGCUGUACCGCUUCCCAGCGCCAGUUCAAGAACUCAUGGUGCACUCCAUUUGCCGUCGGCUGGAGAAGUUCAAAACAGGUGCAGAAAACCAGGAUGCAACAAGAAAAGCACAAUUAUAUGCAAUAAGUGCAACAUUCACUUGUGUCUAACUAAAGAACGAAAUUGUUUUUAUAACUUCCACACUGAGAUUUAUUGA